CCUAUUUAUAUAUUAUUAUUAUUAUAUAUUAUUAUUAUUGAAUGGGGCAAACACUUUCUGAACCAGUCACCAAUAAAAUAUCUGAUCAAGGCAAUGAUAAAAGAGUUAUGUAUGGAUUAUCUUCUAUGCAAGGAUGGAGAAUAAAUAUGGAGGAUAGUCAUACUGCUAUUCCAUGUUAUAAAAAUACAAACGCGAGCUUCUUUGCUGUAUUCGAUGGUCAUGGUGGCGAUUCGGUGGCGAAAUAUUGUGGUAAAUAUCUUCAUGAACGUAUAUUUCAAUCACAACCCUUCAAGGACAGACGAUAUCGUGAUGCUCUACGGUGGGGUAAUUUGGUGAUAGAUGAAGACCUUCGACAGGAUCCUUCAUUACGUGAAGAUACAGCUGGAUGUACCGCAGUGGCUGCUUUAUUAACAAAAGACAAUGUCCUCUAUGUUAGUAACGCAGGCGAUUCUCGAGCGGUAAUUAGUACAAGAAAUGGAAAAGCCAUUCCAUUAUCAAAAGAUCAUAAACCAAAUGAUGCUUUGGAAACAGCAAGAAUCAAACAAGCUGGAGGUUAUGUAGAAUUUAAACGUGUCAAUGGAAGUUUAGCCCUCUCUCGAGCUAUAGGUGACUUUGGAUUUAAAAGUAAUACCCAACUUCCUCCUGAAAAACAAGCUGUUACUGCUGAUCCUGAUAUUACUGAACAUGAAAUGACAGAUUUGGAUGAAUUCAUGGUACUGGCUUGCGAUGGUAUAUGGGACUGUUUAAGAAAUCAGGAAGUGAUCGACUAUAUACGACAUGCAUUGACAUUAAAGAAAACGCUUCAAACGAUCUGUGAAGAAUUGAUGGACUUUUGUUUGGCGGAAAGUGGUGAUAUGACUGGCAUUGGAUGUGAUAAUAUGACAAUCAUUAUAGUUGCAUUUUUACGGAAAAGAACAACUGAUCAAUGGUAUGAAUGGAUGGCAUCUAAACAGGUAGCGGAUCCACCUAAACGACGUACUCCAAAAUUACCUCCUACUGUCCUUGGUGCUCGUCAACAACAACAACAACAAUCAUCUACUUCUCCACCACCAAAAACUGAACUUGCUGCUAUUAACUCUCCUCCUACUAUUAAGAAUCAUUCUAUUGGCUCUAUGACUGCUUCAACUACUUCUACCACAUCAACAACCACAUCCACUUCUACAUAGUUUAUUCCGCUCCUCGUUCUCUUUAUGUUUAUGUACAUCUUAUCCAUCUUUUAUUCAUUCAAUAGUUAUUAUAGUGAAUUGCAUCCAAAUAAAAAAAAAUGAAGAUACCAUCUCUCUCUCUCUUUUUUUU